ACCCUUUAAGCGAUCAUGCAAAAUCCUAGUAAUUAUUAUUCGUGUAAUUCGAAUGGGGGUGCGGUAAUGCUGACUCCAUCGAAUGCCGCACUUGGCAAUGUAAAUCAGCAAAACAUAAAUAGCAAUGAUCAGUUCCAGCAACAUCGACAUCAAAAUCAACAACAACAACAACAUCAGCAGCAGCAGCAAGUGCAACACUUGUCACAACAGCAGCAACAGCAACAGCAAAGAAGUCAGCAACAAAUUAUGAUGCAACUGCAACAUCAACAACAACAACAGCAACAACCUCUUUUGCAACAUAAUCCACAUUUGCAACAGCAACAGCAACAUAACUUUCAACAACAACAAUAUCUCCAGCCAUCAAAUAGGUUAUAUCUGCCUUACAAUAAUGCUGUGGAAAUGCAGGCCUACGAUAGGAAUGUCUAUGAAGCACCAUCAACUCCGUCGGCGGCGGUGGCGGCAACGGCUGCGGCGCCAUACUACCAUCAGCAGCAGCACCAUCAUAAUCAUCAUCAUCGGCUUGUCUCAUUAGAUGGCAUACAAAGUGGUGUACCCACACUCACCACAUCAACAUUAACGCCAACAACAUUACGCAAUAUCGAACAAACAUUCAUUGAACUAACAGCUGAUACACCAAAUACUGCACCCUAUCAAGCUGGUUUUGUUCCGCCACGGGCGCCAUUUAAUUUGCCCGAAUUCCAAAAUGAAACCAACAGUAUGUCAUCGUCAGAAGAUUCACAAAAUUCUUGGCCUACAACCCCGAUGAUAAAUGAAGAGAAUUCUUUGGCCACAACAGAUACAUCAAGUGUAGCCACUGCAAAUAACGACAGUCCGUCCUUUCAAAGUAAUGGCACUGGCGGCGGUUGCAGUAAUGCCGCAUCUACCUCAAAUGCUGUCAAUGAUUUCACAGGGGCUCUGGCACGUGAAGUUACAAGAGGUAAAAACUCUUCCACAACGAACACAAACACUCCGUCCCGUCGUAAUCAAGGUGGUCGUCGUCCGACUAAAGCAACAAACAUGUCCCCCGAAGAAGAAGAAAAGCGACGAGUUCGGCGAGAACGCAAUAAAUUGGCAGCGGCGCGCUGUCGAAAACGUCGUGUCGAUCAAACAAAUGAACUCCUCGAGGAAGUUGGCCUCCUUGAGAAACGUAAAAACAGUCUCAACAAGGAAUUGCAGAAUUACGUCGACACCAAAGAACAGCUGCAAAAAAUUCUAGCCGAACACAAUCUAUUGUGCCGUAAAAUACGGCCAAACAACAACAACAUUCUAAUGGAUACUUUUAACGCUUGCGACACCGGCCGCGGUUCCCCACUCGAUCUCAAGCCCAUUGUACCAGACUUCGAUUUGAAGUGCGUCAAAAGCGAACCAAAUGACCAAUUCGAUAAUAUCGACGGACCCGCAUCACCAAAUCCAAACCAAAUCAUGCUAUCGCAAUCCUCUUCAGCCAUGGUGCCGCCAUUACCGAAUGUCUCAACGAUUUCGUCGUCCAUACCCUCAGUCGCUACUUUGAACACACCUACCAUCACAAAUUCACCACCGCCAAUGUUAAAACCCGGCGGUCCUGCAAAACAACGACCCAGCUCACUUAAUGUUCCCCUCCAAAUGAUGCCCGGCAUUGGUAAAACCGUCACCGAUAUAAACGGUGUUGCGAUAACAACGCCAUCUAGUGGAGUCAUGUUCAAUUUUGACAGUCUUAUGGACGGUGGCACCGGCCUUACCCCGGUUUCUGGUCCCCUAAUUCCAACGUGCUCGUCGCAAAACAAGCAUCCCCUUGAGCUGUCCACACCCACCAGCGAACCAUCAAAGCUGGUCAGUUUAUAAUAGUUAAACGAAUAUUAUUUGUAAAAAUUCUUAUUUAAAAAAUAUUCUGACAGGAUAAGAAAAAUGUUAUGAUGUCGAAAGAAAAAUGGGGGUUGGAAUAAAUAACCUUUUCUUUUUCUUACGAGGAGAACUUAUAUUUUAAGGCAAAUGAUUUAUUUUUACUGUCCUAAAAAUUCUUUUGUAUUAUUUUUUUUUAAAUAUUAUAUUAUUAUGUUUGUUUUAUUUAUAAAUCUAGCGAAAAGAAAAACAAAAUAUGUUAAAAAAAGAGCAUUGUAAUUUAAUUUUUUGUAGAAGAUUUAAAAACGUUUAAAAAGUUAAACCAACAAAAGAGAAGGCGUUGUGAUAUUUAAAAAUAAAAUAAAACUAAAUAAAAAUUUAAAAUAUAAAAAGUCGAUUAUAACAAAAAAAAAAAACUAAAAUAUUAAAUAUUUCCUUAGCGCAAAUUCUAUAGCUAAAAUAGAAAAGAAAAACAAAAACAAAGGAAAUCGAGUUUAAUGAUUUUGUUUUCAUUUAAUUCUUUUAUAAAGAAACACAAAAAUAAAGGUUUUAGAGAAAUAAAAGUUGAAACUUAAAUGUUAACUCUCAAUUUCUAGUUUUAGCAUCGAAGGAAGUUAAAAUAUUUUCUUUCUUUCUUUUUUUUAUUAAUUUUAAGCUUAAUCAAUCAUAAAAAUUAUAAUAAUUUAAAAAUACAAAUUUAUAAAAAAAAGCCUUUUUGUCGAUCGUUUAAAAAACAAUUUUAGAAGUGAAAGAAAAAAAUAUUACACAAAAUCACAUCUUUAAGAUAUAAAAAUAUGAAAACAAAAAUUCUCUAUUUAUAUAAUAUAAAAAUAUGCAGUAAGAAAACCUUUGUCGCCUUGUGUUUUUUGUGCAAAAGCAAUAAUUAAUUAAAAUGUGUAUUACUUUUUUUUUCUAUAGCAUAUUAUUAUAUUACUGUUUCUAUGACUUUUGAACAAAAAAAUGAAAACAAAUUAAACAGAAAAUAACUACAUUUUGUAUAUUUAAAUAAACCAAAAAAUAAAUUGAAACUGUAGAUUAAAAACAAUAAAAUAAUUUGCAUGUAUAACUACAUAAAUAAGGUUAUUUGAUGAACACAUACAUAUAAAAAUAAAUAUUAUAUUUUUUGACAAAAGCAUAAACUAUAUUUUAAAAUUUAAAAAGAAGAAUUGUAAAGCCUAAUCAAUUUAAACAAAAUCAAGAUAACAAAACAUAAAAAAAAAAACAAAUUUAAACAAAACCAAAACAGUUGUUAGUUUUUCUAUUCGAUCAAAAAAAGGAAAAUAAUGUUGUAAAUCAAAAACUUAAAAAGUUAAUCAAAAAACAAAAGCAAUAAAUUCAAAAUGCUACUCUUUACCAAAUUCAAAAAAAAUUAAAGAACAAUAGCAGAGCAAAAGCAACCAUAUUGCAAAUUUUAUUGUAUUGAUAAUCUUUAAAAAACAAAAACAAAACAAUUGCAAUAUAUACCAUCUUAAGACAAAAUAA